GAUGAUAAUUCUACUGCUACACUACAACAAAUCUCAUCACUUGGCUAUUCAACAAUUUCUGCAACAAAUAGUCAAGAAGCAAUUAAUAUAUUUAAAUCGGAACUUGAACAAUUAAAUAGCAUGCGUUCAACUUUAUCAAGUUCAGAUGCAAAUGUGUUAGGUUUCCGAAGAAUUUCUAUGGUUUUGAUAGGAUGUAAUUUG